AUGUCAAGCUCUUGUGAGGCGUUACGGGUGCAGUCAAAUGGCGUUUCUGAGGAGUCGCUUCGCACUUCAAUAGCAAACUAUUUUGCACGUUUACGGAUGUAUCUUGGCGAACUUCCUUCGUUGCCUCCUGUCAAAUUCAGCGUUAAACUUUUGUAUUAUCCAAGUACUCCAUGGGAUUAUGAGCCAAAAUAUUUUGGUCCUAGCCAUGGUUCGUACACUUUUGGAACUACGUAUCAUGGGGGAAUUUUCGGUCACAUCGUUGGAAACUAUCACGAGCUUUCUUUGAAGUUCAGUUCUGUUUGUGUUUCUAAAAGCUUUGAUGAUACUGAUGGGGAAGAUUCUGAACACAGAAAAAAGCAAGCAGGCCAGCCUUCAAAAAAUAACAGCAUUUCAAAACGAACUUGGGAAAAUGAUGGACGGAAAGGGGACGACAAUUAUGAAUCGUAUCCAUACGAAGAAGGACAAUGUGGUUCUCUGUCGGGUUUCAAAGAAUUGCCGCGCUCGGAGAAUGGGGAGACCAAUCUUAUCCGUGUUGUAAGAGUUUCAGCUGAAGGUUCUUCAAUAGAAGAUAUGCAGUCGCUUUCGAAAGAAGAUAGUGAGAGUGGUAGAUCAGUAGCGAUACCGGACGCCGCUGCAAAAGAAGCAGAUGAGGAAGGUCCAGAUAUAAAAAAAAAGGUCUUUUUUACUAUCAAUUACUACGGCGGUGUUAUUUGCGAAUCAUCCUCCAAAGUGAGAAAGAGCAGAGCCCGCUCACUUGAUAGUCUGUCGCCUGUCGGUAGGGCCAGUAAAAAGCGCAAAGGCGAUUCGUUACCGCCGGAACUUGAGACGCAAAAGACUGAUCUUACUGAGCCACAACUACCGAAGAGAGAAAACGAUUUUAUGCUCACAAUGCUGGGACAAAAGCCAAGGACCUUUGUCUUGGACGUUCUCUCUCAUGUUCAAUUUGGGGAACUGACGCCCUCGACAUCAGCUACGAAAGCUUCUUAUGGUUCUUCACAUGGGUUACUAGACAUCACAGGAACUAACUCCGGUCGGUUAUGCUUUUUUGAGUCUCACUUUCCUUCGAAGGGGCAGUGUUAUCUAGUUUCUAAUUUAAUAUCUUCGUCUUUUUGGAGAGUUGACGGCGCCUUUUCAGGUGGAAGUUGUAGCAGAGAGAGUACCAGGCUGCUCGAGCUACCUGAGGAAAAAACCAUUCAAAAACGCUUCGGCGAAGCUAUGAUAAUGGAACAUGAAGGAGAUUUGUUCAAAUCACAGUCACCCAUUCCAAAAAGUGUUGUGGAGGGUGCUUCACGAUCUGUUGGCCGAAUGUUCAUCAUGGACACUUACUUCACCGUAGGUGCUUUUCCUCUAAUAAAGUUUGUUGUUGGUCGUGUGGUUACUUCUGUCCAAGAAGUUUUGUUAAUAAUAACUCUCAACACCAAAAUACCGCAUACCCGUAAAAGAGAUUUCUCAAAUUUUUUCCUCGAGUACUGCACAUCGGUAGCUGGGGAAAAGUUAGGUCACGGCUCAAAAGCGGCAGAUUCAAAUAUUAGAAAGAACUGCGGGUCGUUUGCCACCGCUUAA